UAUGUGGAUAAGAUGAUCAGCAUAGAUAAUCAGUUAUUAAUCCCAAUCAGUCAAUCAAUUUAUAUCAAAAGAUGUAAGCAUAACAUUAAAUGAUAAUCUUUUAAAGCAAUAAUUACGUCCGUAAAUCAAUUAGGAGCGGUACAAAACGCCAGCUUAUUGAAAAUCCACUCCAUGUAUUCUGAAAGACAAUCAAACUGACUCAUUUUAUCCGACGAUUUAUUUCAAAAUCAAGAGAAGAGUAAAUACCAACUAAUUUGCAGGAACACUUGUAAAAUCCUGAAACGGAAAGCUAGCGGCACCCGUUUUUCAGAGGGACUUUUUGUAAGACAGAAGGUUGAAGAAAGUGACCAGGAAAAAUGGAUAUAGUCUCAGACACAAUAUGAAUAAAUUCACCAUAAAGCACGGAUGUUAAGAGAAGAACAAUGAAUGGAGUUCACGGAAUGCCGGGAUUUGACGCUGUUCUUCGGGAACAUAAGCGUCUAGCGUCCAAACUGACGUCAGAAGAGUUUCGAGCCAUCAGAGAUUAUAUAGACGAGCGCGUGCGUCAGGAGCAGGCAGAUGUCAACUUCCGGUUGUACGCAUUGCGUAAUGACUAUGACGUCACAGUGCGUAGAAGUUCAGAGCAGAUUACUGAACUGUAUCAGGAACUUAAUGAAAAGAAUGACACUUUAAAACAAUACCAAAGCUCAGAUCAAACUGUGUUAGCAAUGUACAAACAAAAGGAAGAAAGGUGGGAGAAAAAACAAGAGAUGCUUAUCAACGAACUCCAAAAGACGGAAGGUGAAUCGGCAAAGGUGAAAACAAGGCUGGAAACCUUGCAAACUGAGUUAGGAAAACAAACACAACUUGCUCAAGAACUUGAUGCUAAGCUGGAAGAAGCUAACAAAGCUGUUGAAAGGGUCGAGGAAGCUGAACGUGUUAUCGCUGAACGUGAACAAGGGAGAAAUGAGAUUUUGAAGUUGAAAAUGGAAGUGGACAAAAGGCAGAAGCUGAUUCAGACCCAUGAAAGAACUAUGAAGGCGUUAAGAGAAGAUGUUGGACAGUUCGACCGGGAACAGAAAUACAACACCAUCCGUGCAGACAACACACAGAAAGAACUAAGAAAACAAGUUGCAGAGGUAGCGGAGAAGUGUAAGGAGUUGACUGAGCUCCAGUUUCGGCUGCAGAUGGAGGAGCGGCAGGCGGCAACUUUGCAGAAACAGUUGAAACACGCGACAGAGGAGGUCCGCAACUACAAGAAAAUUCUCGAACAGGACAGACCCACAGUGCAUUCACGUGACCCAAUCCUGAUCACACUUAAGAAAGACUUGGAUAUUAUGGACAUCCGUAUCCGGUCACUGGACAUUGCCGUCCGUCUGCGAAUGGACGAAAUAAAGAAACUUGAAGACCGCGCUGAGGAUGUCGAAAACGAAUCGAAACUCGCCGCGCAGGUUAGAAAAGAGAUAUACAUUCAGGGCGAUACGUUUUUGGAACUGACUAUUUCGGAACUUGUUAAGAAAUUUGAAUACAAGAAACGGCGUCUGCAGGAAGAGUUGGCCUACGGGCGUGACUGGGAGCAGCCGUCACGUGACGCCGACGUCUUACGGUCAGAAUUGACAGCGUUUAUGAAGCAGGCUGGUAUUUGCAAGGCGACGGAACUGUGCGACAGGGCGGCAAAACAAAUACAGAAGAUUGAUCUCAUAAUGCGUGGAACCACGGACACCUUCAAAACGCCGCGGAUAUAUAAAGUUUCUGACCGUCGAAACAGUGAUAACAGACUUCCCAAACAUCAGCACAGCCUUAAUAGCUCAGUCUCUAGUAGCAAGACAUCGAAACCUGCUUUCAUUACCUCUUCCACUCCCGUCAAUGGUUUUGACGUUAACGCUAAAGCAGCGGCGACUAUGCGCACUCGGAAACGUGUCGCCGCCAACGUUAACAGACCUCGUAACCGACCGCCGGACCUCGGCUACAACCAUACCGACGAUUCCAAAAUACAAUACAUAGACACAGUGGAGCUUGACUUGUCUCGCUUGACGCCGUCAAGUCCAUCCCGACGGGAAAGCCAAUCCGACAGGAUGACGCUGAAAUCUAUGUCAGACUCCACUAUUCCGGCAAUCUUUGAGUGAUUAACAAUUAUCAAAAUAAUGGUCGAGAGUUGCGAUCAUAUCAUUAUGCCAUAAACUGGAAAGAUAUUUUUUGAAUAAUUUGUUCGUUGAUCUGUAUUUAAAUUUUGAUAAAUUUAUCAUCUGUUUUCAUGUUUUCUCAAAAUACGAUCAUAAUGUUUAUUUCAUUUGAUGAACUCCGCAGUUUACAAAUUCAUACAUUUGUGGCGGAGAAAACAAAACCAUCUUCAACAUACUCCACGUUAUCUGCUUUUUACUUGCAGAUUUAUUUUAAGUAACGUCAUUGCUCAGUAUUUUUACAAGUGAUUAAAAUAAGAUCAAUACAAAUAUUAGCAGUGAUUUAUCGCCAUGCCCUCCAUGAUGUCGGCAAAUUGACUUGAUUAAUUAAACCACCAACUGUCAUUGUUUGCUGUGUCCAGGAGUUUGUCCGUUGUCCCGGUCUUCAUUUACAUCGAACACAUUAAUAUACAUGUGCAAUUCUGUUUUUUUUUUAUAAACUAGCAGAACUUG